AAAGAAAUCCUUAGCACACCACUGUUGACAGUUCAUGAGGCAUCUGUGGAGGAUCUUCUCGUGACAGAGCCAGAACCAGACCAUCCUGGGAAAUGCCAAGUCACAGGAGUUGUUCUGGGGGAUGGGAGCACAGUACAUGCUGGGAGUAUUAUCCUGACCACCGGUACAUUUCUGAGGGGUAUGGUCCUCAUUGGACUGGAGAUGCAUCCGGCUGGGCGGCUAGGGGACCAGCCAGCCAUCGGGCUGGCUCAGACUCUGGAGAAACUGGGAUUUGCUGUGGGCAGGCUGAAGACUGGGACGCCGCCCCGACUUGCCAAAGACACGAUUGACUUCAGUGGUCUGGAGGAACGUGCAGCUGACAAUCCUCCGGUACCAUUCAGCUUCCUCAGCGAGUCUGUGUGGAUCAAGCCAGAAGAUCAGCUGUCAUGUUACCUGACUCACACUACCCUGAAAGCCCAGCAAAUUAUCCAUGAGAACCUCCACCUGAACAACCACAUAAGGGAGACAACAAGGGGUCCACGGUACUGUCCCUCUCUUGAAUCAAAGGUUCUGCGCUUCCCAAACCGAGAACAUCAGGUGUGGCUGGAGCCCGAAGGCUUGGAGUCCAAUGUCAUCUACCCCCAAGGCAUAUCGAUGACGCUGCCACCUGAGCUCCAGGAACAGGUGAUCAAAUCCAUCCCAGGCUUGGAAAAAGCCAAGAUGCUGCAGCCAGGCUACGGGGUGCAAUAUGAUUAUUUAGAUCCCCGUCAACUGACUGCUUCUCUCGAGUCUCGUCUUGUUCAGCGCCUCUUCUUUGCAGGCCAGAUAAAUGGCACUACAGGCUAUGAAGAAGCUGCAGCUCAGGGUGUGAUUGCUGGGAUCAAUGCUUGCCUACGAGUUCAUGGCAAGCCCCCUUUCAUUGUCAGUCGCACUGAAGGCUAUAUUGGUGUCCUGAUCGAUGACCUUACCACCCUGGGCACCAGCGAGCCAUACCGGAUGUUCACCAGCCGUGUGGAGUUCCGCAUGUCCCUCCGGCCUGACAAUGCCGAUGCCAGGCUCACCCACAGAGGUUUUGAAGAAGCUGGGUGUGUGUCACAGCAGCGAUAUGAACAAGCAGUUAAGAUGAGAGCUGCUUUAGAGGAUGGAAUUGCAACGCUAAAAUCCCUUCAGUUCAGCAUAUCCAAAUGGUCCCAGUUAAUACCAGAAGUUCCCAUUAGUAGCAGUCGAAGGUCGCCUGUCAG